AUGGGCACCUCCAAAUUUGAAGAUGGCCUUAGAAGCGUGACCAGUGCCCUCGACCCAAUCAUCUCGGAAAUCAAACCCUACGCUUCUGAUGAGCCGCAGCCUAAAGUCGGCUUCUGGGAGUCGUUCCAAAGAAAGGAGGAACAGGAAGUCAGAAGAAAAGACUUGAAAAUGGCCCACUUAAGUGUCAUCGCCCUUAGUAGUGGUAUGGGAACCGGUCUUUUGGUGGGUUCAGCAUCCAAGUUGAGAAGUGGUGGGCCAUUAUCACUUUUAAUCGCAUAUGCUCUUGUGGGUUUGAUGUGUAUUUGCACCAUGAAUGCGGUUGGUGAGCUCACCGUGGCCUACCCGGACUUAGAGGGUGGUUUCAAUGAGUGGUAUAGAAAAUUUUUGGACGAGUCCAUGGCAUUUGCCUUGGGCUGGAACUACUUACUUCAGUGGAUGACUACGAUCUCCUUGGAGUUGGUGACAUCUGCAUUGACAAUCAAGUAUUGGAACACCACCAUCAACUCUGAUGUUUUCGUUGCGAUUUUCUUCGUGGUCAUCUGUCUGAUCAACUUCUUCGGUGUCAGAGGAUACGCCGAAGCCGAGUUUAUCAUGAACUCCAUCAAAUUGAUCACGUUGACUGGUUUUGUCAUCAUGGGUCUCUGUAUUGACUUGGGCGCCAGUCCCUCGGGCUUUAUUGGUGGAGAGUACUGGAGAGAUCCUGGUGCUUUUACCAGCUUCAAGGGCUUGGUGACUGUCUUUGCCACUGCUUCUUUCUCUAUGGGUGGUACUGAGUUCUUGGCCUUGUCCGUCAGUGAAGUCCGCAACCCCAGAACUGCCUUGCCUGUGGCCAUCAGACUUGUGUUCGUUCGUAUCAUCUUCUUCUACUUGGGAACCUUGCUUUUCGUUGGUCUCUUGGUUCCUCGCGACUCUGACAGACUUAUGGGUUCUGGUGGCUCCUCCACCAGUGCAUCGCCAUAUGUUUUGGCUGCUGAUUUGCAUGGCGUGAAGGUCAUUCCUCACAUCAUGAACGCUGUCAUCUUGAACUCCGUGACUUCCGUUGCCACUGCUGCCAUGUAUUCUUCCUCCAGAUUGUUGAGGUCAUUGGCUGUGCAGGGCUACGCUCCUAAAUGGUUUGACUACACGGACAAGGCCGGCCGUCCUCUCAGGGCCUGGUUAAUCACCAUUUUGGCUGGAGCUUUUGCAUUCAUUGCCACGUAUGAGAAGCAAGAUGUAGUGUUCAACUGGUUAUUGUCCAUUGUUGCUUUGUCCAUCGUCAUCAUUUGGCCAAGUCUUUGUUUGUGUCACUUGAGAUGGAGAGCCGCGUUGAAGCACAACAAUGUCCCAUUGGAGUCGUUGGGUUUCGUGUCCUACACUGGUGAAAUAGGUUCCUACUACUCCAUUGUCAUCAACAUCUUGAUCUUGAUCGGUCAGUUUUGGGUUGCUCUUUUCCCCGAUGGCGAUGCCGACGUCAACUACUUCUUCCAAAACUAUCUUACUGUGCCUUUCACUCUUUUGUGUUACAUCGGCCACAAGACUUGGACUAGAAGCUGGCGCCAUUUUUACAUUAAAACCGCCGAUAUCGACAUUACAACUGGGAGAACAAUUGUGGACUCUGAGGUGUUGGAGUUGGACAUUGAAGAGAAACAGCAGAAGUUGGCUGCCGUGCUGUGGUGGAAGAAACCGUUCAUCUGGUUUUUUAACUAG